AAGUUGGUUGCGAUCCGCCAUUAAACCCAAAGAAGAAGAGGAAGAAAAAGAUCGGGCUCACCACUACAGCACAGCAAGCACACCUAAUACUUCGCGGCACUGAUGCAGACAGAGAGUUCCGCGAGGCUCACUCGGAGGCUGCUGGUUUUAUUAGCUGAUAGCUCUGUGUUACGUCAUCUAUUGGGAUAACUUUACGACACACAACAUAACGGCUUAAUUUCUUCGUGUUGGUCUCCAAAGGGCAGUGAACCAGCAUGUUUGGAGCGGUGGUUGUUGGCAUCGGCACAGCCGGCUGGGUGAGGAUCCGAGACAUGUUGGCUCCUCUGCCUGGCAGUGCUGCAGAGAAACUCAACGUCAGAGCUUUCAUUUCCAGGAGGAGUCUGGACGCUCAGCAUGGAGUGAGCCAGGUGUCCACAGAGGAGGCUGUGAGCAGAGAGGACAUCCAGGUGGCGUUCAUCUGCACGGAGAACGUGUCUCAUGAAGAGAACGUCAGAACUUUUCUACAGGCAGGAAAACACGUGUGUGUGGAAUAUCCCAUGACCAUGGACCACAAAGCUGCGCUAGAGCUUUGGAACCUGGCCCAGGAAAAAGGAGUUGUUCUCCAUGAGGAACACAUUGAGCUGCUGACCGAAGACUUCAAAGAGCUGAAGAGAGAGGUGGAGGGGAAGCUCCUGCAGGAAGGAACGCUGCAUUUCACCGGUGGAGUUCUGAAGCCUGGAUUUGGUUUCCCAGCAUUCAGCGGUAUUGCUCGCCUCACGUGGUUGGUGGAGUUGUUCGGGGAGCUGUCGGUAACAGCGGCAUCAAUGGAGGAAGACUCAGGAAACAACUACAGCAAGAUGACUGCAAAGCUGCUGACGUCUGACAGCAGACCUCUGACGUGGAUUGAAGAACGGGGGCCGGGCCUCCCGAGGGCCAAGAACAUCAACUUUCAAUUUGACUCGUGCACUCUGGGCAAGGUUCCCCCUGCACCCAGAGGGGCAGUGGGUCUCUUCAUGCAGGACCUGAUCCACUUCUCUUCCAAACUGGCAGGCCAAGUGAGUCCCAAGGAGCUCCACAGAGAGAAGAUCCGGAUCCUGCACUGCCUGAGACUGGCCGAGAGUAUACAGCAACUUUGCACAAGAUAGAUGGGGACUCUCCUAGUUAUGACCUUAAAUCAUGAUAUUACAAUACGAUUUCUUUAACUGAAUCACCAUACCCUUACAUCUAAGCACUACUAAGUUGUGUUAUUUCAUCAGAACUCAAGUACAGUAUUGAUGUUAUUUACAGUUUAUUUAUUUUACCAGAUCUCAUUGUUGACUUUUUCACAUGAAGCUUGAAUAAACGUGGUUAUAACCCUGCUGAAGCAUCGACAGAAGAAUCAACAGCUGGAAAUUAUGUUCAAUGACAAACCAAUGGUUCCAAAGCAAUACUUUGAGGAGCUGCUUGAAUUUAAGAGACAGACAGAAAGCUGGUGGACAUAUCUAUUGAAUUGCAAUGUAGUGUGGUCACUGGAGACACAUUAAGAUCUAUUAAUCAGCUUGGGGAAUCAAAUUGUUUUUAAUUGACAUUAAAAAUAAUAAUACACAUUGACAUUUUUCCUGCAUUACCUUGAUUAAAGCCUCCACAUUUACGAUCGAA